GAGUGCCCACUGACAGCUGGGUUUGUUUUGUUGUUUGUUGAAGUCAGUUUGGAACAUUUUCAAGUUAUAAAUGCGAAAACCCAGUUUAUUUCCUGUUGUCCUGCGACCGAACUGAGCUCUUUGUGCCGGAAAUCCAGCAAAAUGAAAAAGUAAGCAAAUCCCGAACAGAGGAUAGAUGAUGAUGCGCUUUGGAUCUAAAUAUAAAUGUGUGCGAUUGAACAAAAGAUCGACGUAGUUUUUGGCUGAGUUUAUUGUAUCAAUUUGUACUUGUCGUUACAUUAUUCCGAACGAUGAUAGUUCCCUUGGAAAUAUUGGAGUUAAUUCUGCUCAAAUGCGAUGGGAAAACUUUGCUUGCGGGAGCAAAUGUGAGUGAGACGUUCAAGAACACCAUCGAGUAUCUUGGCAAGAAAACGAAGCUUUGGGAAUGGUGCUGCAAAGAAGACAUACCAGAAGAGCAGCUGGUGGAAUACCUUCAGACUUACGAAGGCUACGAUGCGAAGGAAAAGUGGAGACAUGUUUAUUACAAUUGGGGGGCUUGGGAGCAACAUGAUCCCCAUAUUUUGAGCCCUAAAUUAUGCACAAACAUUGAAGUGCGAAGGAUAUCUGCCAUAGCUGUUUCAAACAAAUACAUCGCAGUGGGAUCUGAAGAUGGCCGACUGAAAGUAUACACUUGCAACAAGGAAUUGUUAUUCGUGCAUCGAAUCGUAGCUGUAAAACUGAGCAAACUCACCUUUAUUGGAAAUCAACGAUUGGAUGAUUCGCACAAUUUUUCCAUAUGUUUAGUGGUCGCGUUUAAUAAUGGUCUUUCAAUACUCUCCUAUGACGGUCUUGAGAAACGGCAAUACGAUAUAUUGGAUGUCAUAUCGCAUAGUGUUUUUGGGAAACAUGUUUGCAUUGAAAAAGUUGGUGGCAGGAUGACGAUCGUGGAAAUAAACAAAAGUUGCAGCGGAGGGUAUAAUGUAAAAGACGUCUGGUUCACUCGAAUAUACUCCCCUACUUGCACCACUACCUACAACAUGUGGAAUGGAAAGUGCACUUUUUUAAUAAACGACAGACUGUGCACGGUUUGUUAUAAAAGCCCCGAUAUAACGCCGAUGAUGGAAAUGACUAAGGGGGUACCAAUCAAGUUCCACUCGCCUUUGAUGCUCGACAGUUCAACAACGCAGAUUCUUCGCGACAAUGUUAUCAUAAAUAUUUAUAAAAAUGCUGAAAAAUCUUGCCGAUUGUCCGAUGCGGUUAUAGAAGAUUAUGUGGAAAUUGUGAUACUCAAGCCAAACAAGGAUUUCAGCAUAAAGAUGUUCAACACCUGGGAGAUAUUCAGCAGCAAUAUUACCAGCACUUUUCUCUAUGGAAAUACACUGCUGUUUGGCACAUCUUGUGGUUCAGUGUAUUUUUACCGCCUACAAAACUGGAAGAAUUUCGAUAUGAAGAACUACACUUCCAAGCAGAUAAUCGGAAAACAUCCGAUCAUAUCAAUGGCUGUGAAAGAAACCGAAACGGAAAGGAAGUUUUAUGUGUGUUCAAAAUUCGCCGUUCACGAGAUAGUGAGUUGGAUUCCGCUAGCAGGCUCAUCCACGUAAAAAAUACCAAAAAUAAAAGUGAUAUAAGAACCUCGGCCUAGAUGCUCGGGGGUAAGUAAGACUAACAUUGAUUUUCUGUUGUUUUUUAUAUUGAGCUCUGGCUCUUGUUAGUGUUAAUGUAACUAACAAUUAUAUAUGAAUCAGUUUUCGAUUGCCUAGAUAGAAAGGCCUUUGAGAUUCAAUUUUUUUGUAUGUUUUUGCCAGAAAAUGCAUUCUGAUCGGUUCAAAACGAUUAACUUUGCGUAUUUUGGGGCUCAGAUUUAUUUCGAAUCGCGAUCCCCGCGACUUUAAUACAGCAAUCAGUUGCUCAAGUGAAUGUUUUUUUAUUUAUCUAUGUGACUGAAUUUUUACCUAGCCUAUCAUGCAUUUCGUAUGUGUUCGUUCGUUUAUUAAAAUUGCGCCUGAAGGCGUUCAACGGUCAGGAAACUACUGUGAGUUUAUUUUCAUGUUAUCUGUUUAAUGGGAAAUGUAUUAGUAAGUUGGACAAUACCCAACUAAACAGGAUGUUCCAGCAAAUGGCCUUUCAAUAGUUCGCUCAAGUUGGUAGAACAUCCUGCAUAGUAAAUAUGUCCCCUUCUAGAUCACGUCUAGUUAUUGAUAUUGCAAUAUUGUACUGUGUUAUGUAUGUUAGAUACAUUAUAUUUUGUAUAUGCCAA